UGAAGCGACCGGCCUGAACUCGCAAGGGAUUUUUUUUUUUUCUUUUUCUUUUUCUUUUGGAUCUGUCCACAAUGGAAGAGGUGUUUUUUAAAUCAGCGUUACCUGCUCUGGACUCUUUCGUGCUGGAUGACACCAGUCUGGCUCUGCCGGCCGAGCCGACUGCAAGAUCCUCGGCGAAACAUGAUUCAAACGACCGGAGUCUGCGUGUUCAUCAGCAAGUUCAGCUCACUCUGGCACGGAAGGCGAGGAGGACUGUGUCAAAUGGAGGUGUCCAUUUACAGAAACACACAACAAAUAGCUUUGAUGCUAUAGAUGGACUUUUACCAAACAUGAAGAUGAAUGGCUGGGCCGUCAACAACCAGUCUCUUUCAAGCAGCCGUGUGCAGAGACCAUCCAGGAGGGUGGAAGUGUCCCCACCUCCGAGCCCAGAAUUACCUCGCAGCCGCUUCAAUUAUAGCACCUACCGCUUUGGGACGUGCACCCUCCCGGGACCCAGUCACUCACACAGGGCGGGCCCUCUGUUGGACCACUCAUCCGGGUUGGAUUCAUUUCGGCGCUACGCCUUCUCAGAAGCGCCACGUGUCACGCGGCCGCUUUCAUCCACACCUACACACGAGAGCUUCCGCCACAGGUCACUGAGACAGACGGCGGGGCAGCAGUCUCUGUUUGCGCAUGCAGCAUUUCAGGAAAGUGGUCAGUAUGGCUCUCCCUGGAUCCAUAACCAAACUGUGGUCAAACAGGAGGUACCCACCGUGCAGGGAAAAAGCGGUGAUAUGGUGCUUGGUGCUAUCCAGCCUGACGAAGGGCUGUCCUGGUUCUCUCAGAUCAGGAGGGAAGGCCAGCGGCCCCGCAGACUGAAUUCAUACCCGGCCUCCGUCAGCAGCAUGGUGGUGGACAUGGGGAGGCAGAUGGAGGUGGAACUCCCCAUCCAGCAGAUACCGGCACAGACCGCCAUGACACCGAAGUCGGAGAACAAGCCUCCGGAGAUGACGCUGGAGAGGGCCGUGAACCUGUUGACCCAGGAUAACGAGGAGACGCUGAUCUGUGCAGCCAGCCACAUACAGAGUCAAUGUUUCAACAGCGCAGAUGCUAAAAAGAUGGUGUACUAUCUCCAUGGAAUUGGAAAGCUCCUGCAGCUCCUCCAAAGCGACAACGAGGAGGUGCAACGUGUCGCCGCUGGGGCGCUGCGUAAUGUCGUUUACCAGAGCAGCGAGAACAAGAUGGAGGUGAAGGAAAGCGGUGGCUUGAUCACCAUUUUGGGUGCACUGAAGAGCAGCCGCGAUACUGAGACCAGACGACAACUUACUGGUCUGUUGUGGAACCUCUCCUCUCAUGACAUUUUGAAGGAGCGUCUCACCAGAGAAGCCUUACCCGUCCUCACCCAGUCAGUCAUCGUGCCCAGUUCAGGCAUUUCUGAAGGCGAGAACCCAAAAGACGAGCUCCUCGCUGAUGCUGAUGUUUUCCACUAUGCUACAGGCUGCCUGCGAAAUCUGAGCUCUGCUGGUCCAGAUGGCAGGAAAGCAAUGAGGGAUUGUGAGAAUCUCAUCGACGCCCUGGUCUACUACAUCCGGAGAACCACAGCUGACCAUAAAACAGAUGACAAGUCCACAGAGAACUGCGUCUGCAUCCUGCACAACCUGUCUUAUCAGAUAGAGGCAGAGCUGCCGAAGAAGUACAUGCAAGAUCUAAGAGAAUCCCGGCAAAACCUGUCUCCCAAGCCAAAGACCGUCAGCUGCUUUCCUGACCGCAGUGCCAAGAUCACAGAGCAUCUGGAGCGACGGAGCCCUCUGCUGGAGGAGAAGGCUAACCCCCGUGGGAUAGAGUGGCUGUGGAGCGCCAUCACUGUCCGCAUGUACAUGUCACUGAUCGCCCGCAGUGCGCGCCACUACACCCAGGAGGCCGCCAUCGGAGCUCUGCAGAACAUCACAGCCGGGAACGGAGCGGUGUCUGAAGCCAUCGCUUUCACCAUUGUUCAGCGGGAAAAUGGUCUUCAGCAAGUCAAGAAGAUGUUACAGGAGGGAGAGGGUGACGUGAAGAGGACGGCCAUUUCUCUAAUAAGAAACCUCUCUCGCUACCAGGAAGUGCACUCCGACAUCGUGAAGCAGGUGUUACCGGAGUUGGUGGAGAUGCUGCCCAACGAUGACACUGGCACCGACCUGCCCACGGAGGUGACGGUUUGCCUCUGUCAUAUCCUGAUUAACCUGAGUCAGAGCGACUCGCAGCACGUCAGAGCCAUCGUCAACCAGGGAGCCCUCCCAAAGGUCAUCAACAUCAGCAGCAAAGACAAUGGUUAUGGACCAACCAGAGCGGGUCAGGCUGCGUGUGUCGUGCUGCACACCAUGUGGAAACACAGAGAUCUCCAUGGUGCCUACAAGAAGUGUGGGUACAGGAAAGCUGAUUUCAUUAAUGCAAGAACAACAAAGGCUGUGAACAGUGGACGAAACUGAGCCGAAGAUCCUCCGUACCAAAGUCCAAGCUGCACUUAUUAACAGUAUCAGCACCUCACUGUCACGAGUCACUCAAUCCACCGUUUUCCUGUCACAGAGAUUCCGUGUCACAGUUUGUUUGUUUUUUUUCAAUGCCACAUACAAAACAUUGUAAACUAUGUCGUAUUUCCCUUUAAAAUCUCAUGAAAUAGCUUUAAAAUUACAAUUUCCUUCUGUGUUUGACCGUGUUGCUCUGACCCUGAAACAUGGGCUUUGGUAUUUUGGUAAUUGUAGAAACAGCAAACGAGUGAGGUGUUGUGGUAAAAUAGAGAUAGGUAGAAACUCAGCAACAUAAGGAAAACAUUAGUGAAGAGCCCUUUUUCAUUUCACAGGACCUUUUUAAGGCACUUUUUAGUUUGUUCACAUUCCUCAUCAGAUGCAUCACAUACUUCAGGCCGCUGCCUUUGUGCCUCUUGUUCAGAAAAACUGACAAAUGAAUGUAGAAACUUCUCCUGAAAAUGUAUCAUCUCUCUAGCAAUGGUAAUGAAUGACACGAAAAGUAUUCCUUUAUGUUUGUCUGCUUUUUUU